AUGUCUCAGUCGGAUUCCGAGAGCCAGAACGAAAAGAAGAGCCGUGAGACCUCCGAGGUCUACGACUCCGUGUUCGUCUUCCUCAUGGACUUUGCCGGCAAGGCCGAGACCAUUGUUCCUCAGCCCGAGAGCAGAGCCGUCGAUAAUGUCGAAGGGGAGGAGGAGAAGGAGCCAUUGGAGAACGUGGGCCAUGGUAAUGCAGGGGAAGUGUUCAACAAAUUGCCCGUGAGAGACAAGGAGGAGCUGCUCAAGGACGUGUUCGGCGAGAUCGUGGGGAACAUGCUGAACAAGCUCCCUGAGGACGGAAAGGAAGCGUUUCUGGUGAGGUGUUUCGACGGGCUGCUCCCGAAGCUUCCCGGCGAGUCGCGGAGAGCGAUUGAAACCAAAGCAAAUGGCGUGUUGUCCCGGUCCCAAGAGGCUUCCGCGACACUGAGUGGUCCGGAAUCGCCCUCAGCCUUCGAGAACCAGUUUCCCGCUGAUGACCUUGAACCGGUAGGGUUCAGUGUGAAGUAUCCGCCUCCGAUUGGUGGUAAAGGAAGAGGAGGAGGAGGGAGAGGAGGAGGAGGAGGGCGAGGGGGAGGAAGAGGGUAA